AUGGAGGGGGACAAAGAUCCAGAACGUUGCAAGACUCAAAAGAAAGAGGUAGACGUGUAUUGCCUAAACUUAAAUUAUAUUACAGCACAAUCUGUCUGUAAUGUAAAACAAAAUGGGCACACUGGAGAACCUCCCUUAAUAAAUGGUUGGAUUCCUUUCUUGGGAGAGGCCCUGAACUUUAGAAAAAAUGCUACUGAUUUUUUAUUAUCUUUGACUAAAAAACAUGGAGAUAUUUUUACCGUACACAUGGCUGGCAAAUAUAUUACAUUUGUAAUAAACCCCCUACAAUAUCCUGUUGUGAGCAGAAACAGCAAGUAUCUGGAAUUUGCAGAAUUUGCAGAUCAAGUGUCAAGCCAAGCAUUUGACCACCCGCCAAUUGUAAAUGGGAAUUGUCCAGACCUAAAUGAACAUGUACACAGGAAUUAUCAACAUUUACUUGGCAAAUCAUUGGACACACUCUCUGAUAACAUGAUGAGGAUGCUCCAAAAUAUAUUUAAGCACAAGUUUUCACUAAUGGUAGAUUGGAAGAUGGAAAAAAUGUACAAGUUCUGCUUCUCUAUAGUAUUUGAAGCCAGCUUUAAAACAUUAUUUGGAAGGGAUCCUCAUAAUGAUGGCUAUGUUACUGAUGAAAUUGGAGAAAAAUUUCUCAAGUUUGAUGCCAACUUUUCCUAUUUGGCGCUAAAUGUACCAAUUACAUUGCUGGGAGCAACCAAGAAGAUCCGGAGAGAACUCAUAAACUUUUUAAAUCCAAAAAAGAUGGAGAAAUGGUUAGAUGUUUCUAAAGUAGUCCAAUACAGAAAAGAUAUAUUUGAAAGCUAUAAGGUGCUUAGCGAUUAUGACAAAGCAGCACAUCAUUUUGCGUUCCUGUGGGCCUCCGUGGGAAACACAAUUCCUGUUACAUUCUGGACGAUAUAUUAUCUGUUGAGGCACCCAGAAGCUUUUGCAGUGGUGCGUGACGAAAUUGACCAUUUGCUGCAGUCAACAGGUCAAGAGAGGAAGCCAGGAUACAGCAUCUACCUCAGCAAAGAACAAUUGGACAACCUGGUCUAUCUAGAAAGUGCUAUAAAUGAGAGUUUGCGAAUGUGUUCCUCGUCAAUGAAUGUCCGUAAAAUCAAAGAAAAUUUUAUUCUCAAGCUUGAAGAGAAUCAUGAAGUCUGCUUGAGAAAAGGAGAUAUUUUGGCAAUUUUUCCUCCAGUUCUGCACAUGGACCCUGAAAUCUAUGAAGAUCCUCAGACAUAUAAAUUUGACCGCUAUGUGGAGAACAGCAAGAAGAAAACAACCUUCUUCAAACAGGGAAAGAAGCUGAAAUAUUUUCUAAUGCCUUUUGGCUCUGGAAGCAGCAUAUGUCCUGGCAGAUUCUUUGCAAUGAAUGAAAUUAAACUCUUCGUGACUUUAGUGUUGGUUUAUUUUGAUAUGGAAAUUAUGGAAGACAAACAACCUGGACAGGACAAGAGUAGAAUAGGCUUGGGUAUUUUAUUGCCAGAUUCUGACAUUAAUUUUCGUUAUAAGCUUCGGUCUUAGUACAGAACCUCUAUUGCUUAUAUAACUAUCUUAUUCAAAUUA